UUUAUUGCGUCCCACAUCGUCGCACAGGGUGGAUCACUCGCUCACGUCGCUCCCUCCCGCCCUCUCCUCAGUUUCAUUUCAGUCAAAUCAUUACUAAUCUGGCAGUUACUGCUCCAUGCGUCUUCUGAUAAGAGGACACACAGAAGAGUCUGUUUCAUAAGCUCCAAGGAAGGGCCAGGGACAUUACAGAGAGCCGUCCUCCGGCAUUUGUCAGCAGAAGUAUUCUCAGCAAAGAACUGCAGCGGCACCGAAAAACACAGACAAAUGGACGAAAAGGCGUUUACGAAGGAUUUGGAUCAAUGGAUCGAGCAGCUGAACGAGUGCAAGCAGUUGUCAGAAGGUCAAGUAAAGACACUUUGUGAAAAGGCAAAAGAAAUUUUAACCAAGGAGUCAAAUGUCCAGGAGGUCAGAUGUCCGGUGACUGUUUGUGGCGAUGUACAUGGCCAGUUCCAUGACCUCAUGGAGCUGUUCAAGAUCGGCGGGAAAUCUCCAGACACAAAUUAUUUGUUUAUGGGCGACUACGUGGACAGAGGGUAUUACUCGGUGGAAACUGUCACUUUACUAGUAGCACUCAAGGUGCGUUUCCGGGAGCGCAUCACUAUCCUGAGAGGAAACCAUGAGAGCAGACAGAUUACACAAGUGUAUGGCUUCUAUGACGAGUGCCUAAGGAAGUAUGGGAACGCCAACGUAUGGAAGUACUUCACAGACCUGUUCGAUUACCUCCCCCUCACUGCCUUGGUAGACUCACAGAUUUUCUGCCUUCAUGGUGGCCUCUCACCAUCCAUAGAUACACUUGAUCACAUAAGAGCUCUGGACCGUUUACAGGAAGUGCCACACGAGGGUCCCAUGUGUGACCUGCUAUGGUCAGACCCCGAUGACCGCGGCGGCUGGGGUAUUUCUCCUCGAGGAGCUGGCUACACUUUCGGCCAGGAUAUCUCGGAGACAUUUAACCAUGCCAAUCGCCUCACUUUGGUGUCCCGUGCCCACCAGCUGGUUAUGGAGGGUUACAACUGGUGCCAUGAAAGAAAUGUGGUGACAAUAUUUAGUGCUCCAAACUACUGCUACCGCUGUGGGAACCAGGCAGCUAUUAUGGAAUUAGACGACACGCUGAAAUACUCAUUUUUGCAGUUUGACCCAGCGCCUCGCAGAGGGGAGCCUCACGUCACCCGCCGGACACCUGACUACUUCCUGUAAACUCUAAACCUUUGACCCAUGUACAGUCAAGUCCAGUAUUGCCAUGAUAUGUGACCUUCAGCUGAUGACAGCAUGAGAGAGGAUGGGAUUGUGGGAGAGGGAGGGUGAGGAGGGGAGACACAGGAGUGCAAAUUGUAUAACCACACAAAGAGCUACUAAUGUAUUUAGCGAGAAAAAAAACUGUGUCGAUGGAUAGACCAAACUGUGUGUGCCAUAUCCAUUACAAUAUACAUUGCUGAGGAAUUGUCUUGAAAAUCACCAUGAGAAACAACAGUGAUGUGUAUGUCUCCCUCGUCCUGUUCCUACGUAGCUGACUGAUGACACCAACGUACAAGACAAACGUUUAAAAUGCGGCUGUUUAAAUCCCCAAAUUCAAAGCUUAAGUAUAUAUACACGAGCUCUGAUCUGUUUGCACUUUUGUAAAUUAAAAAAAAUGUAAAAUAUGUCAAAAGAUAAAAUGGAUUCCACACUACAGAUACUUUUCUUUUUUUAAAAAAAAAACUAUAAAUAAAGUCCCUUUCAGACAGGUUUUACACAAUUUUUUUUUCUGUGUAACUUUUAUGGAAAGCCCUUCUCAGUGAAGUUGCCCGGCCUGGUGUGUAUGAUUGACAGAUGAUGGAUUUGUUUCUCCACAUCAACUCACCGACCCGCUCUGACUACAGAGUCUGUACUUACCAAACUGUUUGAAUAAAAAAAAGACAAAAAUGUC